AUGUAUCUAUCUCAGUCUGUUCAUGCCUAUCUCAGUCUGUUCACAUCUAUCUAUCUAUCUAUCUAUCUAUCUAUCUAUCUAUCUAUCUAUCUAUCUCUUUUUAAGCCGUUUCCUAUCUAUCUAUCUAUCUAUCUCUUUUUAAUCAGUUUCCUUCAUAUCUAUCUAUCUCAUCUAUCUAUCUAUCGAUCUAUCUCGAUAGAUUUUAAUCAGUUUAUCAGUCUAUUCAUAUCUAUCUAUCUAUCUAUCUAUCUAUCUCUAUCUAUCUCUUUUAAGCCUCUAUUCAUAUCUAUCUAUCUAUCUAUCUAUCUAUCUAUCUAUCUAUCUAUCUAUCUUUUUAAGCCGUUUCCUAUCUAUCUAUCUAUCUAUCUAUCUAUCUAUCUAUCUAUCUUUUUAAGAUUCCUUCAUAUCUAUCUAUCUCAGUGUUCUAUUCAUAUCUAUCUAUCUAUCUAUCUAUCUAUCUAUCUCUUUUUAAGCCGUUUCCUAUCUAUCUAUCUAUCUAUCUAUCUAUCUAUCUAUCUAUCUAUCUAUCUAUCUCUUUUUAAGCAGAUUCCUUCAUAUCUAUCUAUCUCAUCUAUUCAUAUCUAUCUAUCUAUCUAUCUAUCUAUCUAUCUCUUUUUAUUUCCUAUCUAUCUAUCAUCUAUCUGUUCAUCUAUCCAUCUCUUUUUAAGCAGAUCUUUCAUAUCUAUCUAUCUCUUUUCUCGUUCACGCUGUCCCUUUGUAACCUCUAAUAUGUCAAUGUUUCUUUUUGUCACCGCUUCCAAUCGCUUUUUCUUUCUUUCUUUCUUUCUUUCUUUCUUUCUUUUCAAAACUUCUCUCUUUCUAUUUUGA